AGCCAGAUCUCGAUGGGCCUUUCCACAUACUUUUUGCUCGGCCUGCUCCUCCCUCUUUUUUUCCCUCCUUGUGCCCUUCUGCAUCUUCCCUCGUCGGGUAUAGCCCCAUCUGAGAAGGAGUUCCAGCUUGAUCAACCCCCCUCCUCGCUCUGGUCCACAUGUCCACCUUGGAGGAGCGGAAGCGGAUCGCUCUCGAGAGGCUGAGAGCCUCGCAGGCAAGGCAGCCCGGUGCCGUCGCCGGCGGGCAGCCUGCCCGAGCUGGCGGGACUCUCCCUCUUGGCCCAGCUUCCGGGGGUCGGGAUUCCGCACAGUCCGUCGCCAGCGGCCCUGCCGCCGCGCGCCCCGGGUCAUUAAUGGAGCUCUUCUCGUACCAGCCGCCACAGGCUCGGCCUCCAGCGGCUCCAGGCCCGACAUUGGGCUUGCCCCCGGGCGCGAGCUCCGCCCCGACAUCGAUGUCCACUUCGACUCCCCUCUUGGCCCAUGCGUCUGGCCCGUCGGGGGCCGUUGGGCCCUCCGGAUUCCGGCCAGGCCCCAUGUCAGCGGCAACCGCCGUCGCAUCGGCCCCUCACGCCGCACCAACCGCGCCGCCAAACACGGCCGAAAUUUCGCUCGUCAACACGGGCAAGUCUUUCCUGGUGACCUUCGCCAGCUAUAGUGUCUCUGGCAACCAAGUAGUCACCUCCCUCGGCGGGAUCAACAAGCCGCCCCGACAGUGGAGCCUCCCGAACCAAGUUUACUUUGAAUGCGUCAGCAAACUUCGAAAGAUUCCCGGCAUGACGGUGCACCAGCCCCCCGAGCUGACCCUCACCUCGUAUGGGCUGAUCACGAAUCGGGCACACCCCCACGGAGGCCAGCACAAUCCCCAGCAGGACAAGGAUUACAAGCCAGAUGGAGAAAGCCUUUCACUUACCAGCCUUGGCAUUCCGGCCGCCCUGGCAGAGGCGCUUUACCCGUUCCAGCGCGACAGUGUCCAAUAUGCCCGACUUCAUCACGGUCGCGUGCUGAUCGCCGAUGAGAUGGGUCUCGGCAAGACAAUCCAGGCCCUGGCCAUUGCCUGCCUCUACCAGACGGAGUGGCCCUUGCUUAUUGUCACAGGCGCCUCCAUUCGCGGGUCCUGGUUCAAUGAGGUCCUCAAAUGGCUGUCGCCAGCUUGUGUGUCGCCAGAUCUGGUGAAGCUUGUCGACCCGAAGUUCGGCAAGAUAGACUUCUCACACCACCGAGUGCUCAUCGUGAGUUAUGCUCUGUUGACCAAUCACCUGGAAAAGGCGCUGCAGGCUCCUCGAUUGGGGGUCGUCAUCAUCGAUGAGUCGCACUUGAUCAAAAACAACAAUGCCAAACGGACUCGCGCCAUACUGAACCUGGCUUCUCGGGCAUCCCGGUGCAUCCUCCUUUCGGGCACCCCUUCGGAGAGUGGUCCAUGGGAGCUCUUUUCCCAGCUCCAAGCGUUGCACCCGCACAUCGGCCGCAGCCAGCAGCUCUUCUUGGACCGGUACUGCAUCCCGCACAAGGCCUACAUGGGCAAGGUGUCAUAUCGCGGAGUGCGCCACGGCGAUGAGUUGUCCGGCCUGCUGCGGCGGCUGGGCCUCAUUCGCCGCUUCAAGUCGCACAUUCUGCAUGAGCUCCCUCCAAAGACUCGGCACAAGAUCUUCGUUGACUGUUCUUCCCUGACGGCCGAAGAGUUGGACAGGCUCCUGGAAUCCGAUAGCACUAGGUCCUCCUCCAAAAGUGCCGGCAAACCCCCGCCUCGGUCCUCCUCCGAUGAGCUGUCUCCCGAGCAAAUGCGCCUCUGGCGUGAGACCGCCUUCCGAAAGCUUGAUGGCAUGAAGCGCCACAUGACUCGACUCUUCCAGCAGUCCGAGCCGUCCUUCAAGCUGGUCCUCUUUGCAUUUCAAAUUAAAAUCCUUGCCGCCUUCAAGAUCCACACGUCCGAGGUACUGGGACUGGAUUACAUCCACAUUGACGGCGCCACGCCAAAUGACCGGCGCACGGAGUAUGUCAAUCGCUUCCAGCAUGAUCCCAACUGCCGGGUGGCCCUCCUGAGUAUUACGGCUGCCAAUGCCGGGAUCACUCUCCAUGCAUCAAGCCAUGUGGCCUUUGCCGAGCUCUACUGGAACCCGGGUGUCCUGCUGCAGGCGGAGGAUCGCUGCCACCGAAUUGGACAGACACGCCCGGUUCGGGUGGAAUACUGGCUGGGCAGCGGCUCAUUUGACGAUCAGCUGUGGGUGAAGGUCAAUCGCAAACUGCAGAUGCUGUCCAAGACCGGCGUUGGGCUCAGCGAUGGCCAAACACAACUGCAGGUGGAUGGCACUCGGCACUCGGCACAGCGUCAAUUGCGAAGUGGCCGCUCGCCGCCCCGCGCGCCAGGGAGUGGCGCACACAGCAAAUCCUCCUCCGAUGUUAUGAUGACCUUCCUGUCGUCAACAAAGGCGUCCAGGGACUCGGAAACGGAGCCGGGUCUGGUGGGAACCCGGCACGAAGAGGAUUCCCCGGCGGACGGUCCCGGCCUGCCAUUCGUCCAUCGGGCUGGCUCCCUCAUCCAGCAGACAUACCAAGCGGAUGGCGAUUUUCAAUCGCAGCCGAUGCAUGGUCCCAUCCGAAGUUUGGAGGCCGCCUCGAGGACCGGCUCGUGCGCGGUGCUGGAGGGCCUCGUUCGCCAGCUGGACGGGCUGGAGGCCGAGCUGGAGAGUGCCUUUGCGGAAGAUUCACCAUCUGGCACCCCAUGCGAUGGAUCACCGGAUGCUGGGAUAGACCGGCGCCCGGCUGAUCUCGAUGAAGCACGUGUCCACAAGAAACCACGCGCAAGUGACUAACUUGCCGCCCCCGCCGC